AACUCGGCCGCUUAUCACCCAGGAUGCACCUGUCCAAGUGAACCGUCUGAGAAAAGCCAUUUUGUUGUGCUAGCUAGCUGUGUGGUAAAGAAAGCCACUAAUAAUAUGGGUCCGUUACAUCAACGCUAACGAUGUCGCUUUUACGUGUUUGCUUACUGCUGCCAAAUAGAAUAAUUAAAUAGUUGUUAAAACCUCAGAGUGUCGGAAGACCGGCAUGGAGUAGCUGCUAAAGCUAAGGCUAAAGUGUGCAGCAGCAGUUUCUGUUAGCUAGCUCUCUGCUCAGUCAGCUGGCGUUAUGUUUUUUUCUGAUUAAUCAAACAUAGGUCAGCCGUGAGUUUGUAGAUGUGUUUGAGAUACUUUCAGACUGUCCGUGCUGUCAACCAAAGACAUCUGCCGCCACAAAGAGAGGCUGUGUAGCUGACAGAAUAGAAACAAGGCGACUGAACAAUCCCUCAGUAACUUUAGCAAAAGAAGAAAAAAAAAAAACACAACAACACUUGAAGCAUACAGCGUUAAGCCAAAGCGCUAAUCUGAUCAUGGCAGAGGACACCCGACAGGACAAGAGAGCCAGCUUCUCUGCCAUAACGGAGCACAACACCAACGGGAUGGCCAGGACCUCCACUGUGGCCUCUAGUAAAAGUGGGGCUUCAAAGAAACUAGUGAUCAAAAAUUUCAAAGGUACAGUCUGAUAACAACAAUCACAUUUACCUUACUGCUCUAACAGCUUUUUUACAUCCAGGUUCACACUAUUAAAGUGAUGGUAACUAGUUUAUUUCAGCAUGUUUUUGUCUUACAUUAGUACACACACCGACCAGCCAUAACAUUAGGAACCCCUGGGCACCUUAUGCAACCUAAUACAUACGAAGCUACCUCUUUUGAUGACAUGAAGUGACUGAUAAUGAGUGUUAUUAUUAUUACUAUCAAUGUUUGAUAUUAAAAACAUAGUAGGUGUUGCUUGUGUUGUGUUCCUGGUAUUUCAUCUCAAGCAUGAAGGGAGCAAUAUGUCAGUCAUACCUUACAAAAUAAUGUAAUCUAAGGCUGUGUCCGAAAUGAAUCACUCAAUCCCUAACCCUUAACCCCCAUCUGGGAUUUCACUAUAUAGUUCACUAUGUAGUGAACUCAAUUACCGGAGGUUUCGGACACUACAUGGCAAGACACAAUGCAUGACGGGAUGCCCGCCACCAUUGAGUGACCAUCAGAUGGUCACAACAUUUUGCAAUGCUUUAUGGGAAAAUUUGAGUCACCUAUAUUCAGCACUGGAAUUGAUUACUGAGAUUUGGACACCCCUCAAAAUGGCACUAACCCCCAUGUAGUCACCUAUAUAGGGGUUAGGGAUCCAUUUCGGACACAGCCUAAGACACCACCAACCCUUACUUAGGGCUGGGCGAUAUGGGAAAAAGUUUAUCACGUUAUAUUUUUUUCACAUCAGUCGAUAUCAAUGUAUAUCAGGAUAUAAAAAAUGAAAAUUAUCAGUGCUUAAUGGUAGUGUGUCUUUUGCAGUAGAAUAAGCUACUGCAUCUGUGAGGUCUUUGUGUCUCUUCGACGUUUUGUCAUAAGGCAUUGCGCUAGAGAAAGCGGGUUUGUAACCUUUUGCAUUGCGCGUGCUCUGCCGUGUCACACUGCUUCAGGUGGUGAAAUAGAUAUUCCCCGACUUUGUGAGAACAUGUACUCGACAUAAUUUGCAGUGCACGUUACUAUGCUUCAUGUCCGACCUCAAUAUACCUUCACUCCACUGUCUUCACUCACUUAAACCUGUAUAGGAGUGAAGUUGGAAGGCUUUCUUAUCCAAUUGAAAACUCAAAAGUUAUAUCCAAAUUUUUCGUCUCUACCACAUGCAGUGAAACAUUUUAUUUACUUUCUGAACUGUAAGUCCAAAGUCUACAGUUCAGGAAUCAGUGCUUUGGUCAUUGUCGGGUAUUCCAGUAUUGAUCAUGGAAAAUGAUUUUCCCCUCUUAUGUGUACAUUUUUACCAAGACCUUGAAUCACAAUAACAUAUAUCCUUUACCUUUACCAGAUGAUGAUGAGUAAAAAGAAUUUUUUUUCUCUCUGAGGAAUUAUAAGAUCCCUUUGGCAAUGUGUGAAACAUACCAAAAUGUUCAUUAUCCUGAUGAGUUCUUGUUAAUUUAAUGUGAUGUACAUACUUGAAUGUCAUUUGUUUUUUGUUUUUGUAACAGAUAGGCCAAAAUUAGCAGAGAACUACACUGAGGACACAUGGCUAAAGCUUAGAGAUGCAGUGGGUGCAAUCCAGAACAGCACCUCUAUCAAGUACAAUCUGGAAGAGCUCUAUCAGGUGUGUGGUCUUUUUCUUUUUGGACAUCUUUAAAUAAACCCUAUCUUUUUCUCCUAAGUAAUAUCUGAUUGUUCAAGUGUCGUUGCAAAACAAAUUGUAUAGUUAAUAUGGAUUUUUAGAGGUAGUCGAUUAGAAUAACUGAUGUAGUUUGCAGUAAAAAGCCUUUUUUUAACUGAAGACAUUGUGUCUCCUCUGUUAUUCUGUCUUUGAUCAGAAUUGUUAAACUGUAUUUUUUGGUCUCUUGUUUCUCUUUUGUAAAAGGCUGUGGAGAACCUCUGCUCUUAUAAAGUCUCCCCCACGCUGUACAAGCAGCUGCGGCAGGUCUGUGAAGAUCACGUGCAGGCCCAGAUCCACCAAUUUAGAGAAUAUCCUUUUGUUUUUGAGCACAGCUGAUAAUGCAAAGUGUUUUUCAAGUUAUGCAAGCAUAUAUUCAUGUUUCAGAUCUCUUACAUUUCGCAUCAGGAUACAUCCUCAAGAUCUCAGCCAGCAAUUUACCAUAUAGCAAACUGCACUAGAUCUGCUUUCAGCCGGCUUUUUAACGCAACACUGCUGAUAAGACAAAUGGCGAAGCAUCAACAGACUCUCCUCAGACAAGUAUUGGCUCUGGCAUCUGGUGGGUGUUGUUGCAGUCUGUUCUCACAAGGGGUCAACAAAAUACAAGUAUGGAGGGUAUUACUUCCACAUCCAAAUAAGGCUGUGUCCAGGGUGUUGAUACAUGCUGCUUUCCCACAGCACACUCUGAUCUGAGUUUCUUUCCUUUUUUUUUGCAUAAAGGAGUUUUUUUUUUUUCUUAACACUGAGUUCACAGAGUCUCUGGACAACCUUUCCUUCCUCAAGCGAAUGAACCGCUGCUGGCAGGACCACUGCAGGCAAACUGUAAGUAUGUUGUCGAGGACUAUAUCAUAGAUAAAGAUCUGUUGAGCUCACAGGACAGUAAGUCCCACUUUUUUAUUUGUCCUUUUACAGAUAAUGAUCCGAAGUAUCUUUCUUUUCCUGGAUCGUACCUACGUGCUUCAGAACUCAUUACUACCCUCCAUCUGGUAAAGUUCGACUUCAUUGAAAUCAUUCUGUGUUUUGAGCUUCUUCUGGGAGACUGAUGUCAUGUGUUUGCUGCAGGGACACUGGGUUGGAGCUGUUUCGUACCCAUAUCGUGAGUGACAGCGGUGUGCAGAAGCGGACAGUCGACGGCAUUUUGGAGCAGAUAGAACUUGAGAGGAAUGGAGAGACAAUAGACCGCAGUCUGCUCAGGAGUCUGCUGGGCAUGCUGUCUGACCUACAGGUACCCGAUCAAACGUUCAAGAAGACUUAUCAGUACAUAAACUGAAACUGCUGCGGUUUCAACCUCUCGACUGUCUUGGCUGUUAAUCAGGUUUACAAAGACUCCUUUGAGGAGAGAUUUCUGAUCGAGACCAAUCGCCUGUAUGCAGCAGAGGGACAGCGGCUGAUGCAAGAGAGAGAUGUGAGUGAGACUUCUCUGUUUCUUGGUUUGUCAUGUAUGAAGUUAUCCAGCAAUAAUCAGAUCUGCAUGUGUGUUUGUGUUGAAUCCAGGUGCCUGAGUACCUGCACCAUGUGGCUCGUCGGUUGGAGGAAGAGAAUGAUCGUAUUCUGAGCUACCUCGACCAGAGCACUCAGUAAUUACCUUUUUACUUCACAUUAUCUUUUCCCCAUAGAUCCUUAAUCACUAAAAUUAAACUUCACAAAAGAUAAUGAAUAUGAAUUACUAUUGUGACUGCUCUAGAGUGUUGAAUAGACUGCAAACCGGUCUCUACAGUGACAUCUGACGACUUACAAUUCCAGUACACAGGGUUAUAAUUACUAAUUGUCCAGGAAUUACUGUUUUAUUUAUUUUUUCGAAGCACUUCUUUUUACUCAACAAUAUUUUUAUUAGUUUUAUACAGAUUAAAACAGUACAGCUCUUGAAACAGCACAAGAUAGUAGUAGUAGUAGUAGUUUAUUCAGUCAUGACAACACCAAAUAUUGUACACAAAAUUGACAUUUCACACAAAAUUACUAAAUCAAGAAUCAUGUUUUGAAUAUUGACUGAAGAAGCAGAAGCAAACUGCUUAUAAAAGCCAAUCCUGUGAUGUCAACUUUUAGGUGACCGACCUCCAGAAAAGCAAAGAAACCACAACAACGGAUAAUUAAUCGCACUUAUAAGCUUCAAAACUAGCUUUACAAACCGUUUUCUUAAAAAACAAAAAAGAAUGACAUGUUUUUAGAUUUCUGUUGGCAUUAUUUCAGAAUUUAACUCCAAUAAUGGGGACACAUCUCCUUUUCAUACCUUUUUUUUUUUAGCUUUUUGUACAGCAAAUUUGCAAGCACCUCUGAGACUGUCCUCAAUUAAAAAGAACUUCUGUAGUGAGUCAAGGAGCAUUUUUGAUUUUGCUCUAAACAUUAUUUGCAUUAUUUUAUAAUAAAACAGCUCAUAAAAUUUCAUAACCUAAGAAUUUAGAAAAAGUGGCUCAGUUAAUAUGUAUAGCUCGUUUUUGCAGAUACAAAAGAAACACGUCACAAACACCCCGUUUCCCUCAAGACCCUGUCUACUGCUGGAUAUUCCUAUUACUGUGCUUAAAUAACAAAUUCUGGAGCUAAAACAAAGAUUUAAAAAAAGUAAGUGCUGGAAUUUGGGUUUUGUAGAUCUUGAAAUAUGUAAGACGUUGAGAAAUAAUAGGGUAAGAAAAUAAGUUAAAUGAACUACUGCACAUCAAGAGAAAUACAUCUGUAGACAAGUCGCUGAAAACUGAAAAAGUCCAUCAAAAAAGAUAAAAAUUCAAAUUGUAUGAUUAUAAAACAUCACAGAUACAUAUAUAUAAAAAAAAAACAACUAGAAGAGGAGCGUGCUCGGUCAAAAUGAUGAGAGUUUCUGAAUGUGGUCCAGAAAAGGUCCCCAAACCUUUUUGAAUUUAUCGUCAUUAGCUGCGACAUUUCCAAGCACUUUUAAACACACGACCCUGAGCUGCAGUUGAAGCUGUAAUUUUUGAACAAAAAAAAAAGGUUCAGCUGAAAUGUUGAAGGCAUCUUAAAAGGAGGUCAUUAAAUCAUAAGUUAUACAUGUCAUCUGGCUUCUUGGCACUUUGUCUGAUUCCUCUGUGCACAUUUUGUCCUGAUUGUUUCACAGGAAACCCCUCAUUAGUUGUGUUGAAAAACAACUUUUAGGAGAGCACAUGACUGCAAUACUACAAAAAGGUACGUCUGCUGCACGAUGGAGUGAGACUCGAAGCAUCAAAGUAACCCUCAGCACAUGCAAAAGACAAUAUCAUGUACUUUCUUUCAAACAUGACGCAGAAUUUUUUUCUCAUUUUAAUUUAAAUGGUGAAAAUCUGCUCUGUGUUUGUCCCAGGUCUGAGCACCCUCCUGGAUGAGAAUCGUGUGACAGAGUUGGCUCUCCUGUACCAGCUCUUCAGCAAAGUGAAGGGAGGACUUCCCACGCUGCUGCAGUUCUGGAGGGACUACAUAAAGGUACACAUCUGGCCUCACCUCUCAUUCUAUAUCUGCAGACAUACCACACAAAACAGUCAUACCACGAAACCACGUCCUUUUAAUUUGCCCCGCAUAUUUACACGUUGGUGCAACUCUCUGUCGUCUCAGUCCUUCGGAGGAGAAAUCGUCUGUACUCCAGAAAAAGACAAAGACAUGGUGCAAGAGCUUCUGGACUUCAAGGACAAGAUGGAUAAUGUGGCACAGAACUGCUUUACCCGGAAUGAGGGAUUCAUCAAUGCGAUGAAGGAGGCCUUUGAGACGUUCAUCAACAAGAGGCCCAACAAACCUGCAGAACUUAUCGGUGGGUCAGAAAAAAACAUCUUCACACUGAAGUGCUGAUUUCUGGUCUUACAAAUGUUAAAUACAUAAUACAGUGUUUGUACUCAGUAAUCAUCUUAAUUGCCCAUUUAACUGCUGUUUUCUGGUUAUUUCACGCACAUGAUAAUAGCUUUUCUAUGUUUUUCUUCUCAUUCAGCAAAAUAUGUGGAUUCUAAGUUAAGAGCGGGGAACAAGGAGGCCACAGAGGAGGAGCUCGAGCGAAUCCUGGACAAGAUAAUGAUCAUCUUCAGAUUCAUUCAUGGUCAGUUAUGCUUUUAUGCAAAUUGAUGUGACCGUGUCUGUGCUGUUGGUUUGAUUUGCUGGCGUAAUUAUUUUUCUAGCGUAUUCGUCUGAGCUCUGUUUUUUCUCCCCCUCCAGGGAAAGAUGUGUUUGAAGCGUUUUAUAAGAAGGACUUGGCCAAACGUCUGCUGGUCGGCAAGAGUGCUUCUGUUGAUGCUGAAAAGUCCAUGCUGUCCAAACUCAAACACGGUGAGCCUCUGGUCCAUUGUCUCAUAUUUUAAAAAGCAGGUUGUCAUAAGUAAGAAUGCUGAGCUCGCUCAUGGUUGUGUGAUAAUUGGUGGUAUUUAAACACGGCUUUAUUUAGGUUCUCGAAUAUUCAGUGAAAGGCGCUGAAAGGACAGUUGUGAGGAAACAUUUGUUUUGACCUGCCAGUGCAAGAUCAGUAAUGACAUGAGCUUUUGCUAUUGUUUAAGAUUCAAAGUGCCUCUCCAUUUAGUGUUGUUCUUAGGUUAGACAUGUUCAAUUUAAGACACAAAAAAAACCCAGGCCUAUAUAGAUGGGUGAACGAGUGGAAUUCUUCGUAUCAAGCUCAUAGCUUUUGCAAACUAACAGUCAUGAGAAGGAGGAAGGAAUACAUGAGAACAAUAUCAGGCUGCAACACUCCCUCACUGUUUUAUUCAUGUCCCUCUUCCCCCUCUGGGAUUGAAAAACUUUUUGUCUACUUAGACGUGACCUCUGUACUUUUGUAGACCCUUCAUUCCCUGUUCACCACUUCCUGUUCUGAUAAAAUCGUGCAGUUAAAUGUUUUAAAACACGCUCAUAUUUACUUUGGUUAAAGUUUCCUCUUCACUUUCUUUUGUGCACUAGAGGGUCGAAAUCUUCAGUGUUUCUAGCAGUGCAGCACAGCCUGGAAUGCUCUGUCAUUUGUGUAUGUGAGAGGUGUGAAAUUAAGUCAGAUGUGAUUUUUUUUUUUUUCAAUUUUCACUUCCCCCAGAAUGCGGAGCAGCAUUUACCAGCAAGUUAGAGGGGAUGUUUAAGGACAUGGAGCUGUCCAAAGACAUAAUGAUCCAGUUCAAACAGGUUUGUGCAGCCUCUGUGCAGGCACUCAACACAUGCAUGUGCUAACCACCAGUAUGGUGCUAACUGUGUUUCAUUCAUUUUUGCAUCAGUAUAUGCAGAACCAGAGUGAACCAAGCAACAUAGAACUGACAGUCAAUAUCCUCACCAUGGGCUACUGGCCUUCAUACACACCCAUGGAGGUCCACCUGCCCUCAGAGGUAAGCUCUCUCUACGGUUGUUGUGCACUUCUGUGAGCUCACGGUUUACUCUGAUGCGGAGACAAAAUUCACUCGAAAAGCACAUCAAAUCCACAGAAAUUGCACACAAUAUAAAUUAAGUAUAAAUACAAUAUAAUAAAGAGUUAGAUUUUAUUUUUGACUUUUGUCAUUUGUGUAUUCAAACACCUGGAUCCACGGUAUAAUUGAUGUGAUGUUGGAGCUUUAAUGAAAAGGUUGUUGACUUGACAAACAAAUAAUUGUGAUUUUGAUGAUUGUAUGAUUUUAAAAAAAAAAGAAAAAAAAAAAGCUUUUAUAGCAUUUUGCACAAAUAAACAAACAUGUACUCGUAUUUUUUUUAUGGCAAAUUGUAAAACUAAUAUUAAAUCUGUGUUUUGGACUGACUAACACAUUGGAAGAAAUUAGGGGACAAAGGUGAAAUUUACUAUUUAAAUUAAAUUUUUAAAUUAUAUUUUUUAUUUAAAUACUUUAAUUGACAGAGACAAUGCAAAUUACACGGGACAACUUCUGUCUGUUAUUAAAUAAAGCUGUAUUAAAUGGUAUUUUUCAUAUAGAGAUUAUAGCUAUUGCUAUUUUUCAACUUUUGUUCCAGGUUGAAUAACAUUGUAGAGAGUGGUUUCAGGACAAUCUUGAUGCUAAUAUCCUCUCCUUGCUGUUUUAUAGAUGGUUAAACUUCAGGAGGUGUUUAAGCUGUUCUAUCUGGGGAAGCACAGCGGGAGGAAGCUGCAGUGGCAGCCAACGCUGGGCCAUGCUGUAUUAAAGGCAGAGUUUAAAGAGGUAAGGUUGUGGUAAUGUUUCUGUUUAUAAAGGGAGGUGUAAAUGUCUUAAGUGACGAGGACUUCUUUCUCCUGCAGGGUAAGAAGGAGCUGCAGGUCUCUCUGUUCCAGACGCUGGUGCUGCUUAUGUUUACGGAGGGGGAAGAAUUCAGCAUGGAGGAGAUCCGCACGGCCACUGGCAUAGGUUAACUAUGUGUACAAAUAUGUAGAAUAAGUAUUCUGUUUUCGAAGAGGAACCUUACUUAAAACAUCACUCUUUCUUAUCCUGCGCAGAGGAAGGGGAACUCAGACGCACGCUGCAGUCUCUGGCCUGCGGAAAAGCCCGUGUCCUCAACAAAAACCCCCGAGGGAAAGAUGUGGAGGACGGAGACCGUUUUAAUUUCAACAAUGACUUUAAACACAAACUGUUUCGCAUCAAGAUCAACCAGAUCCAAAUGAAGGAAACGGUAAAACAACAGCACACACACCCUCGUCUUUAACCAUAUAGGCCUCCGAUCUUUAAACCUUGGCCAGUAUUUUCUUAUUUGGCAAUGUUUCAAUCAGUUUCUGUAUUCUCUUUUUUUAUAUCUUUAUGCUUAUUUCUAUACUUAGACAUGUUUGCCAAUUCGAUAAAACUGGGGCUCUGAUUCUUGCAGGUAGAGGAGCAGGUGAGCACCACAGAGCGGGUGUUUCAGGACAGGCAGUAUCAGAUCGAUGCAGCUGUGGUGCGCAUCAUGAAAAUGAGGAAGACUCUCAGUCACAACCUUCUGGUAUCAGAGCUGUACAACCAGCUCAAGUUCCCCGUCAAGGUAAAGUGUCCUCACCGUUAUAUUCCUUUUCUUCCAACACACACGAAGCCCACAUCAUCUGACUUUUCUGUUCUCUCCAUAGCCAGGGGAUCUGAAAAAGCGCAUUGAGUCGCUCAUAGACAGAGACUACAUGGAACGGGACAAGGAGACUCCAAACCAGUACCACUAUGUUGCCUGAAAGGGAGCCACUGUUCAAGCCAUGCUUUCCUCACAGCAAGCAUACAGCUGGCUACCCCCCAAAAACACAGUAUCACAGCCCUACAGCCCCCCCAAAAUCCCCUCUGGUGCUCAUUUCCCCCCCUCCAUUCACAAUUCUGGAUGCAGUGUCCAGAUCACGCAGAGCUCCGGAGACAAGAGAGAGACUUGGCUGGACUGUUCCUACGAUCUUCAGUGGGAGGGGGCUGGAGGAGCUACAUGGGUUUUCGAUGGUUGGUUUAUGUGACUUACAAAAAUGCUAAUGCAAAACUCAACUGAAAAUAACUUAGCACUUUUCCUCUAAUCUGAUUUUUUUUUUCUUUUUCUGGAUUGGGAUUUUUGUUUUUUCUCCAUCAAUUGUUCUAAAAUCACUUAUUUUCUACUAUAGCCAGUUUGUCUUGGGUUUUAAGUUUUUGUUUUUUUUUUUGAUCAGGGCUUAUCUUCAUGAAUGGCUUCAACAAUCGCUAAGUGGAAACCUGAUUGGUUGGUUGCUUGUUUUGCCAGAUAAACAGUUGAAUGCAUAAAAAGAUGCAAGAAAAGACUUGAGAGGCAUGAAGCAGUGGAUGGGUUGGACAUGGGUGGUCUUUGGGGGGGGAGGGGGGUGUUGUUUGUCACACAGAAGCUGAUUGACACACAGGUAAGCCACUUGGGUAUUUCUUUGGGUACCUUAUAUGUUUUGACCAAAAUGUUCAAAUGUCCAAUGUUAUGUGCUGACGUUUUUGUAGAUCAGAUUGUAUUCUAUGUAAGAGUGAGAAAAGUGAACCUGAAUAAAUGGAUAUUUAAUGAUUCACUGAAUGAUUUGUGGAUAACCA